AUGUUAAGGGGCCUGGAGACUAAACCGUGUGAUGAACGAUUGAGGGCGGAGGGGCCCCGCUGGCGGCUCCCCGGGAAGGCGCUACUCAGACGCCGGCUCGUCCGGCGGGGGCCAAACCGCCUUCGCGGGCAGAGGGGCGCGGCGCGCAAACCGCCAUUUGCUCGGCGCCGUGAAGGGCAGCGCGAAGAGCUGAGGCGGCCGGAGGGUCCCCGCCCUUCAGGUGCGCUCCGAGGACGGCCCAGCGCGGCCGCUGAGGAAGCUCCCGCGCCGCGCCCGCCCGGGGGCCGAAGGAAGCCGCGCCGCCUGCGGACGCCUAACCGCCCGCCGCCGCAGCGAGCGCCCAGCGGGCAGCUGGGGCAGCGACGGGCCAGCCCGGCCGGAGAGGGAGCGCGGCGGCGCAUUGGCAGAGGGCGCCGUCAGUAUUUGCCCGCUCUUCCGAUUUGGCUGCUCGGCCGUCGGGAGCCCGCCAAGGCAGCGGCGCCGGAGCGGGAGCCCCGGGAGGUUCACGGGGUGCGGGGGGAGCCCCGCUCCCUCGCUCUCGCCCGCCGGAUCUUUGGCCGCCCGGCGCUGGUGGCGAUGCGGCAGGCCCCGCCCUCCCCCCGCCGCUCGGUGCCCGGUCCGCAAGCGCCCCCGGCGCCCGUCUCCCAGCGCCGCGCCCGGCAGCACCGGCCUCGCCGCCCUUUGUUGCGAGGAGCGAGCGCCGCGCCCGGGGCGGCGACAGCAGCAAAUGGCGCCCGCCCGCCCCCCGGGGCCGCCUGGGUGCCGGGCGGUGGGGGCGCCGGGCGGGCGCGGGCGGGCGAGGCAGGCAGAGGCCGCGGAGCGCGUUCAGCCCACCCGACGCCCUGCUCGCCCGGGCUGCUGCGAGACUUACCGCUCGGCGAAGGCAGGGCAGGGCUGGCUGCGGCUCCGGAGGCGGGCGGGCGGUGGGGCGGAUGGAAGGAGGGAGAGGCGGGGGUGACGGCGCGGAGCGUCGCGGGCUCCGCCGCCCCGCAGCCCGGCCGGAGAGAAACAAAGGUGGCUGCUGACGUGGGCGGCGGAGAGAGGCGCCCGAGGGCCGGGGACACAAUUAAAGGGGCAACGCAGCGAGCGCAGCAGGAGCCAAGCGCGCACGCCGCUCGCCGCCUGGCCGCGCGCGCCCCUCCUCGGUCCCGCCGGGCGCCCCGCGCCGCUGCCCCGCCCGGCCUGGCGCCCGUCCGGCUGGCGCGGCCCUCCCCGCCGCCCCCAGGACGCCCGCCGGCGCCCUGCCCACAUCCGCCGGGUCCCCGUCGGGCCGGUGGCUCCCCACGCCCGCUGGAGUCCGGCCCGCCCGCCGUUUUCGCCUCCCCUGCCCGGGCUUUGCUGCGCCCACCGGCCUGA